GGAUUUAAUUUUUUAAACAUAAUGAAACUCGAUCCUGCGAAAGUGAGCUGAAAGCUACAUUAUGCCGGAAGGAAGUGCAGUUAUCAAGAAGGUCCAGUUCAGGACUAACAAACCUGAAGGUCUUAACUAUAGGAACGAGUGGGUGAAACAUAUACGAAAAAGUACAAUAUUUGGAGUGACAAAAAGGGAUUUAAAUCGGGUCAAGGCGGAUAUUGACCGGCUGUGGAAAGAAAGGUGCACUCUUGUAAAAAAAGAAAAUCCAGCAUUUGAAGACGUUACAACCCUGAAACAAAUUAUCACAGAUGCCAUCGACGUGACUGGACGAACUCGAAUAAAUGUCAGAGACAAAGAAAACUAUGAUGACAGCGACGUGGAAUCAUUUUCAAAGGACAUCAAUGGCCUACAGAUGUUGUUUCAUGGGUGUUUGGAAAUCUGGAAUAACGUGAAAGACCCAACAAGGAAGGAACGACGACAAGAGAUCCUUUCUGAACUGAUGGAGCUUGCGACAGACCUUGCCUCUUUAUACGGGGAAGUCAUGUCUCUUUUCCUUCAAAGAUUCAAGUUGAAUAUCCUAGCUCUGUUGCGACCAGUACAUGGAAUGUUUUAUGCCAUGAGCGUUCACUGCAAAUUCAAUUGUCUUGACAGAGAGAUAGACUCAUUGCCUGGGGCUAGCCAUGUUUAUUCCAGUUUCCUGUCCGGGAUACUUGGACUGAUGAGGAGCGCUAAAGUCCUGCUGAAAAGGCUUAAAUACGAAAAUGACCAGGCCCGCCAGAGGAGAAGCAUGAUACAAAACAGCCUCACCAGCUUUGUGACCGAGAUAUCCAUUAUCAUAACCCAAGGCACAAACCAUGUAACGUUAGAAGAAUAUAGACAACUCAUGUUUAAAGUUGGAAGUCUGUGUACAGAUGCGUUCUUUGGGAUAGGAAAAACAAAAGGAAUCGCUGAUUCAUUGGAAAUGGGCGAAGGUGUCCUGGCUUUGGAACCAAGUGAACAUCUAGGGGAUGUGUCCUACUGUGAUGUCAUCAGAUGCCCUAUGGAAAACCGCCAGGUUACUCUAGAUUCUUUGAAGUUACAGGAUGGACAACAUAUGAUUUCGGACAUAUUCCUUAUUACUGGAAGUUCGUUUCAGAGUUCUGAGAGAAUCACUGUGCGAUUUCCAAUCUCAAAAGUAGCGCUUCCACACUCUGUGGCGAUAAAAGUCAAAAUCAAAUGUGGACCGAAAUGGUUGGAUGUAGCAGGGGAGAUUAUUGACGGGCAGGUAGAGUUCGAAGCCAAGUUUCUUCAGGCGUUCGUGGCAGUGGCUGGGUUUCGCGCCUAUCACAGGGAAAUCCCUCUCACAGGAUACACGUAUAUUUCUGAGGAUGACCACAGAGUCAGGAUCAACUUCCCAAACAAUUGCUUCAACAAGCCAGUUAUUGUCCAAUUCAGGCUAGUGAUGGUGAACAGGUCCCGGAUGUUUGGGUACAAGGAUAGCUGUACAGACCAUUGCCAGGCUAUCACAGCUCUCUCUGACUUCCUGUUCAUCAAGUUUGACAAAGACAUCGAUAUACAAGAGCCAGCUCUGAUGCAUCUACCAAUCAUUAAUGAUAUCGAUGACCCGGAUUCUGAGGUCGUCAUGUUCCGAGUAGGUGGUAACGAUAGCACUGAAAUAGUCCAGAAGAAGUCUGCCAUGCGCUGUGAGUCGACGACAAGCUGCUAUACCUUUCAAGUAGACAGGUUUAACGGGAUCGCUCUCGCCAAAGUGAAGAAAAAGUUCAUGAAAAAGUCUAAGAGCAUGGUGGAAGAGGAACUGCGGUUGUACCUAGAGGAGGAACACAUCUGUUCUAUCCUUACUUUCCUUGAUAAGAGCCUACUGCACGUCGGUGUAGUCAAGAUCUGGAUCGAGAUCGUGGAAAAACGGUUCAUCAAGCGGGCACUGAGGCGCCGGGCUAAGGAGGGACUGUUUGAAAUUCCAGGCAACCGCUCCAUUGAUAUCAGACUGAAGGAAAAUGAGACAGUCACUUUUGAUACUGAUGGAAAUAUACAGAAAAUCAGGGAGAUUCCUAAUGACUAUUUCUCCAUCAUUUAUACUAGUAGUUGUCGGGAUAACUACCGCUCCUUUCCCCUAGAGCCUAGAAAGGAUCCACGUGGCCGCCAUGUUGGUAUAGUAAAUUUCUUCAAAAAAGUCGAUGGACUUGAUACGUUUCUACACACUGUUACCAUCGAUACUAACCGCUUCCUGGUCAGCAUGUCAAGGCUGAAAACAUCGUACUCAGAGAGUAGGCCAGGACUGAUGAAUGUAUUUGCUACGAUUGGGCGGACGAACCAGUGGUCGCGAGGUUCUACACGGUCAUCCACCAAAUCUGUCCGGUCAUCAAUCCAGUACCGCUCUAUCUUUGAUGACGUUCCGAUCCUGAGCCACCAGAGCUUACUUGCCCUUUCCAGUUCAAUUAACAUCCAGGUGGCGCAAGUGUUGGGAUCCCAGCUUGGCCUGUCAUACGAGGAUAUUCUGGAUAUCAAGAGCAUCAAUCAGCCCCCUGUUGUCACUAUCUUUGAGAUUUUGUGGGAGUGGCGUGGCAAAGUGGCCACGCCCGACCAAGUAGAACAGCUCGUCAAAUCCUUUAGUGAAAUAAACCAAACGUACUUUGCUGACGUCAUCAUGAAGGUCAACAGAGAGAAACGCGGACUGACACGAAAUGAUUUCCAAUGAGCUGACAACAUUGCAGAAAUGUCAUGUUGCAAUAGAAAUGAAUACCAAAAAGAUUAGUUUUGGUGUUUGAAUAUGAUUUUCAAGUGUAAUAUAUAUCAGAUAUAUCAGCGCCGUAUUUCUACUGAAAAGUGUCAGAACAUUUGAUCUAGUUAAGUGUGCAAAGGUAUUAACCUAGUGGGAAAAUGUUACCUAUAGCACAUGGAAGCCCAAUGAAGGUGUUAAACAGAAUUGAUAUCUAUUACAUUUUUGCCAUUGAAAUAUCGGAUUCUAUCAACUUGAUAAAACUGAUAUCUCUUACACUGUGACAAAU